AUUAAAAAAAUAUUACAUAGCUUUGUGAGUGUACAUAUAUGUAUACUUACAUUAACAAUGUUAUCAUUAACCAUGUUAUCAUUUUUUUCAGACCUGCCUUUUUAAAGGCUGCAGAAAACUUCACCCUUUUGGUUAAGAACAACAUCUGGUAUCCCAAAUUUAACUUCACCAAGAGAAACAUCCUCCCCAACAUCACCACUACCUACCUCAAGUCGUGCAUUUACAAUGCCGCAACAGAUCCGUUCUGCCCCAUCUUCCGUCUUGGCAAAAUAGUGGAGAAUGCAGGGCACAGCUUCCAGGACAUGGCUGUCGAGGGCGGCAUCAUGGGGAUCCAGAUCAAAUGGGACUGCAACCUGGACAGAGCCGCCUCCUUCUGCCUGCCCAGGUACUCCUUCCGCCGCCUGGACACUCGGGACCUGGACCACAAUGUGUCCCCCGGCUACAAUUUCAGGUUUGCCAAGUACUACAACGACCUCACUGGCACGGAGCACCGCACACUCAUCAAGGCCUACGGCAUCCGCUUCGACAUCAUCGUGUUCGGAAAGGCUGGGAAAUUUGACAUCAUCCCAACCAUGAUCAACAUUGGCUCCGGCUUGGCGCUCUUCGGGGUGGCAACAGUGCUGUGUGACGUCAUAGUCCUCUACUGCAUGAAGAAAAGAUACUACUACCGGGAGAAGAAGUACAAAUACGUGGAAGAGUACGAGCAGGGUAUCAACAAUGAGAUGGACCAGUAAUGUCUACCCCACAUCUGGGCUCCCCACGGCACUCAUCAAAGCAAAGGAGAAAUCAAAGAGAAGGGAGAAAAGGCUUCCAUGGCACCCCAGGGAAAGUUCGAGAUUCUGAGUCAGUUUCCACUCCACACAAGUCCUUUAGGGUUGCCCAGAUGCUCUCGUUUUGUGUUGCAAGAUGUGCAUCGUUAACCACCCUGUUCUUGGCUGGGUCACCUUUGCUGACCCUUCAACUCGGGAUCCUUUGGGUGAGCUGUGGCCCCAGGGCAGUGACGCCGCUGAAGCCACAGGGCUGGGGCCUUCUUCAGGGCCAGCUCUCUUCAGCUCUCCUGGAGCGCCCCCUGCAGGGCAGGUCCAGCGGUGCAGGUGCAAGGACGCGUGGCAUGCCCACCUGCUCUCCCCCUGCCAGACUUUGUCCGCGUAAUCAUGAGGCGGAGUGAGUGUUUCUCUUUUGAGAAGAGGUAUGUUGAGAUGACUGAGGACCAAACAUUAAAACAAAUGAUUUUCUUAAUCUC